AUGGAGAAAAAGCCACCGACUAAAUUUGUAAAUCAUGAACCACAACUUUUAAACCAAUCAGAUGAUAGCAAUGAACAUGACAAGAAACGCCGUAAAAAGCGUGUGCGUCCUGUUGUCGACUCAUCGACCACAUGCGUCCCUGAGCAACUUCACUGCCGAUAUGCCAACAAGAAAUGUCUAAAUCCACGCGCUAUUAAGCGCACAGGUGGUCUACACACUUUCUGCUCUAUACAUCGUGCCAAUGCCAACCGUAAUCAGCGCCGCCUGGACAUGCGUAAACGCAUGGCUCGACACGCCAUACAAGCGCAAGAUCAAACGUUUCUGAUCUCAGAUACAGUCAAUUUGAGACAGCAAGUGACACAUCAACAUCUAUCGUAUUCAUAUGCUAGUGAUACAUGCUUUGAACCGCUGCACACGCCCACACCGCUGUUGGAGGAAGAUAUCUUGAUGUUAGUAUCUCUCUUUUUACCUCAACAAGACAGUGCGCUUGAAAAUACUUUCGAAGUUGCGCUUGAUACUACAGCAUCUCAUGAUCGAUCUUUGACACCGAACGGUAAACGUCAAAGGAAAGCUGCGUCUCCUUGA